UCGGGACAGCCAUUUUCAGUCGCCGACCGCGCGGUGCCGGCCGGAGAGCCAUUUCGAGGCUUCUCUGUAUAUAAAGUGCUAUACGAGAAUCGACUAUAGCGGCAUUCUGUUGUGGACCGUUCCAGGCAGAAGGCCAAUUCGUUCUUUGGGUGCAAGAGUGACGGACACACGGUGUCCAGAGGACAUUAACAUCGGGCACAGCCUCAGUUCCUCCUACCUCUUUGGCCACUGCGCUGCUUUCUGCGGAUUACGCUCCACUAGCCGUGAUUUAAGCACAGCCAUGCGGUGUUUUUUCUUAAUCGCCUUCCUGGCAGUAGCCAGGGGCCACGACUUCGAGACGCUGUACUCAUGGAACAUGGUCGAUUUCAAUUUUCCAAGCGACAGUUUUCGAAACGAGUUGCUGUCCAAGGGUGACUACAUCCCGGAGAACAAUAUGCCCCUCGGAAUGCAUUUGUGGAACGACAAGAUCUUCAUCACUAUACCACGAUGGAAGAAGGGUGUGGCGGCUAAUUUAAACGUUAUCUCGAAGAACGACGAAUCGCAAUCUCCAAAAUUAACUCCGUACCCUAAUUGGGAGACAAAUGACGUGCAUUCACCGGAUAGCAUAAUCAGCACUUUCCGCGUAAGGUCGGACGCCUGUGGUCGACUUUGGGGUAUCGAUACCGGAAUCGAUGGUAUUCUAGAAAACACCACUGUCGUCAGCCCUGUUCGAAUUUUCGUAAUCGAUUUGAUGACGGACAAGGUAAUUCGAACGUAUCCACUAAAGGAUGCCCAUCAAACGCCCAAUUCCUUCUUCGUCGAUUUGGCAGUAGAAUCCGAUCCAGACAAUUGCGACGACACUCACGUCUAUAUUUCCGAUAUCGGCGGUUAUGGAUUGGUGGUCUAUAGUUGGGCUAAGAACGAUUCCUGGCGAGUCAGCCACAAUUAUUUCCAUUUCGAUCCAAUUCACUGUAGCUUUAAUGUCAGCGGCUUCAGCUUCCAAUGGACGGACGGCGUAUUUGGAUUGUCUCUGUCUCCGAAACGUAGCGACGGCGACAGAACUCUGUACUUCCAUGCGAUGUGCGGCAUCACCGAAUUCUCAGUGCCCACGAGUGUCUUGCGAGACGACAAGACGAGGAGGUACGAGGACUAUUUCGCAUACAAGAUCGAAGGUACUAAGGGACUGAACACGCAGGGGCCUUCGUCCUUGAUCGAUCCGAAAACUGGCAUCGACUAUUUCACUCAAGUCAGUAAAAAUGGAGUCGCCUGCUGGGACACCAAUGUACCAUUGAAUCCGGACACGUUUAUCAAUGUGGCACAAGAUAAUACAACGUUGGUAUUCCCGAACGAUUUAUCCAUCGAUUGCAUGGAAAACAAAUUGUACGUGCUGUCCGAUAAUUUGCCGCAGCUGGUGUUCUCGCAGUUCGACACGCGGGAAUGUAACUUCUUCUUGACGGUGGCUCCGCUCGAUAAAUUAACAGAAUCGUGCAAGAAAGUAAAUUAAAAGCUCAUGGGAGAUAAUAUUAUAAUGAAGAGCUCCUGGGAUCGUUAACAAUUUCAAGAGAAGCAUAGUUUUACCGGGAGCCUCGAUUUCGAGUGAUCGAUUGAUCACGAAUUUUUCAGAGAAUUUUUCACAGAAGCAAAAUUUUCAUCGGUAGUGUAUUUGUAAUCGAAUAAUAUGUUAGCAGUAAUUUGUUUAUUAUUUGUACGCUAUCGUCACCGAGAACCUCGAGAUAAUUACAUACGUAAAUGCUUCGCACGAUAUUAUGCUUCGUCGAUUAUGUAAAUAAAAACGAUAAACUUAUCAGGA